AUGAAACAGAACCUUAUUGUGGCAGUGAAGGAUAACGGACAGACUCCUCUCUCUGCCACCUGCUCCAUGUAUUUACUGAUCUCUGAUAACUUGGCUGAAGUGCCUGAACUCAAGGACAUUUCUUAUGAUGAGAGGGACUCAAAGCUGACAUCCUAUCUGAUCAUUGCCCUGGUGUCAGUGUCCACAUUUUUCCUCACCUUCAUCAUUAUUGUCCUGGGUGUGAGGUUCUGUCGCAGGACGAAGCCCAGACUGUUGUUUGAUGGAGCAGUUGCAAUCCCCAGUGGUUAUCUGCCUCCUAAUUAUGCAGAUGUUGACGGCACAGGAACUUUACGCAGCACUUACAACUAUGAUGGAUACAUGACAACUGGAUCCAGGACAAGUGACUUUAAGUUUGUCUCGUCCUACAAUGACAACACGCUGCCUGCAGAGCAGACGCUGAGGAAAAGCCCCACUGACUUUUCUGACGUCUUUGGGGAUUUAGAAGAAUGCUCAGAGAUUUCCACUGGGGGGUAG